AUGAGCAGAGGAACUACAAGCACAAACGAGAAGACACAUGAUGUCGAACCAGGUCCGUCACUAUCCACCUCGGGCAGUGAAAUCCCACCCGAUUCGAAUGAAGUAGACUGGGAUGGCCCCGACGAUCCUCACAACCCACGCAAUUGGCCUGCCUGGAGACGAGGCAUGCUUGUCGGCAUAAUUACAUGUGUUGUCUUUUCGACAUCGAUCGCCUCUUCAGCCGUUGCCCCUGCGGUACCCCAAAUCCUAAAGGAGUUUCACUCUAGCAACGAGGAGAUCGGCACCUUGGUUGUUACCAUCGAGGUUCUUCUUGGAACCGGCGUAGGCCCCGUUCUUAUGGGCCCCAUGUCCGAAGUCGUCGGUCGUCGCGUCAUCUACAAUUGUGCAAAUAUUGGAUUCUGCGCAUUCUCUAUUGGGUGUGCUUUAACACCGUCUUUGGGUGGAUUGGUAGUAUUGCGCUUCUUGCAGGGAUGUGCCGCGUCUUGUUCUCUCAACAAUGCAGGAGGGACAAUUUCCGACCUUGUAUCAACCAACCACAGGGGGUUUGCAAUGUCUAUGUAUUCCAUGGGCUUUCUGCUUGGUCCAGCCGUGGGUCCUGUCGCCGGGAGCUUCUUAGCUGCGGCGGCGGGUUGGCGAUGGGUCUUCUGGUUGUUGCUUAUUGUGAAUGGUAGCAUGGGACUCAUCUGUGCGCUCACAUAUUCGGAAACAUACGCCCCAGUCAUUCUCGAGCGGAAAGCUAAGAAGCUGCGCAAAACGACGGGCAACCCUGCAUUGUACGCAAAAGGUCAACGUCAGCUGCCAGUCAGCACUGUUUUAAAGCGAGCAAUCAGUCGUCCCGCGAAAAUGUUUUUAUUCUGUCCUGUUGUGACAGGGCUAGCAGUGUACAAUGCUGUUGUCUAUGGCUUCACCUAUCUUCUUUUCUCCACCUUCUCUGUUGUUUUCGAGGGCCAGUAUAAUUUUGGAGAGGGAAGACUCGGCUUGGUGUACCUAGGCCUCGCCAUUGGGUUUUUGAUCUCGCUCAGCAUCGCCAGCGUUGCAAAUGACAGAACACACAAGCGACUAACCAAGAAGCAUGGAGCAGCAAAGCCUGAAUACCGUCUAGAGUCUCUGAUAUACGGCGCCAUUGCAAUCCCCAUUGGUUUCUUUAUCUAUGGCUGGACGGCAGAGAAGCAUGUCGACAGCGCCGUACCCAUUGUUGCAACCGGCUUGGUUGGGUUUGGGGUUAUGUUCACCUUCAUACCAUUCAAUGUUUACAUGAUCGACGCAUACACCAAGUACGCUGCCAGUGCAAUUGCUGCCGGCAACAUAUUGCGAAGUCUGUCGGCGGCUCUCCUACCUCUCGUUGGUCUUCCCUUGUAUAAUAAAUUGGGCUAUGGCUGGGGUAAUUCCCUUCUUGCAUUUAUAUCACUGGGCUUGGGAGUUAUGUCGCUCCUCUUCCGCAAGUAUGGCGAGGAGUGGCGGGAGAGAUUCUCGGUUCAGUUUGACUGA